AUGAAUUUUAAUCAAAUUUCAGUAAAAAAUAGUCCAGCAACAGACAAUGAUAAAAGAAAGAUCAGAAAACAUCGUCAUUUUCAUUUACAUGGAGUUAAUGCACCACCUGUUAAUGUUUCUAUUCAUCAUUGGAAAGAUAUGGUAAAGAUGUCACUUCAGUCAAUGACUAUAAAUAGUUAUUUAAAUGAAGGAAAUAUUAUGAGAAAAGAAAGUACUAGUGAUACUGAUGAUGAAUAUAUUGUUGCUAUUGAUAAAUUAUUUGACAAAAGAGAAUGUAAUAAAUAUAUUAAAACAUUAAAAGAAUCUCAACGUUGUGGAUGUGGAAGAUUAGAAAAUGAACAUUCUUUUGAAGCAAUAAAAAAUGGAAAAAGAUUAAAUUCAGAGACAGACAUUGAAAAAACUGAAGAAAAUUGGAAUAAAAAUUAUAUUAAAGGAUCAUGUCGAUGGUCAAUUAAAAAUCAUACAAAAUUACUUCCAACAGAUGCUUAUGGAACAAUUGAAUUUCAGGGUGGACCAAGACCAAUAAAAUCACAAUAUAUAAGAUUAUCAUUUGACUCUGAUUGUGCUUCAAUAAUACAUUUAUUAGAAAAUAUUUGGCAAAUUCCACCACCAAAAUUAGUUAUAUCAAUACAUGGAGGUACAAAUAAUUUUAAUCUACAACCAAAAUUAGCCCGUAUAUUUAGAAAUGGCUUAAUAAAAUCGGCUAGUACAACUGGAGCGUGGAUUAUAACAUCUGGUUGUGAUGAUGGUGUAACAAAACAUGUUGCUGCUGCUAUUGAAAAUUGUCAAAAUUCAAAUAGAAAUAAAACAAAAAUAAUAUCAAUUGGCAUUGCACCAUGGGGAUUAUUAAAAAGAAGAGAAGAUUUUAUUGGAAAAGAUCAUACUGUUUUGUAUAGAAAAACUGGAAAUAAUAUGAAAAGUCGUUUUAUCACUUUAAAUAAUAGACAUAGUUACUUUUUGUUGACUGACAAUGGUACAGUUGGAAAAUGGGGUUCAGAAAUAAUAUUACGAAGAAGAUUAGAAACAUAUAUUAAAGAGAGGCAAACAAUUGCUAAUAAAGGUAAAACAAUUCCAGUUGUUUGUGUUAUAUUAGAAGGUGGAACAUUUUCAAUUAGAACUGCACUUCAAUAUGUUACAACAAUACCAAAGACACCUGUUGUUGUUUGUGAUGGUUCAGGUAGAGCAUCAGAUAUGUUAUCAUUUACUCAUCAUUAUAUUCAAGAAGAUGGACAAUUACCUGAAAUAUUAAAAAAACAACUAUUAUCAUUAAUAGAAUCAGUUUUUCAAUUAAAUCAAAUUGAGGCUGAACAUUUAUUAAAAGAUUUAUUAGCAUGUGCAUCACAAAAAGAAAUGUUAACAAUAUUUAGAAGUGGUGGUGAACAUAAAAAUGAUUUUGAUCAUGCUAUAUUAACUGCAUUAUUAAAAGGGUAUGAUUUAACACCAACUGAACAAUUAUCACUUGCAUUAUCAUGGAAUAGGGUAGACAUUGCUCGAUCUGAUAUUUUUCAUCCAAACAUUGAAUGGAAAAUGGAAGAUUUACAUAAUAUUAUGAUAGAAGCAUUGAUUUAUGAUCGUGUUGAUUUUGUUCGCCUAUUGUUAGAGAAUGGUGUUGAUAUGCAAAAAUUUUUAACAAUUGGAAGAUUAGAAGAAUUAUAUAAUUCUGAUAAAGGACCUACAAAUACAUUAUACUAUAUUGUAAGGGAUGUAACUAAAAUAAAUCAUAAUUAUCGUUAUAAAUUAACACAUAUUGGUUUAGCAAUGGAAAAAUUAAUUGGAAAUGGUUUUAAAAGUUAUUAUAGUAGUGAUGAAUUUAGAAAAAAAUAUUGUGAAUAUAAAAUUUCUACCAAAAAAAGAGUUGAUGAAAUUAAUAAAAUUGAUAAUAAUUCACCAAAUCGUCGAUUAUCAAAUUUUUUUCCAUUUAAUACAUCUACCCAAGAACAAAAUGAUGAUAAUUCAUGGAAAAAAAGAAUGAAGUCAGCCUUUAAUGAUUCACCAAAUAAAAAACCAAAAACUGUUGUUAUAAAUUUAGAAGAAAAUACAUUACCAAAAUCAUUUAAAGAUAAUUUAAAAAAUAAUAAUAAUUAUUCAUCUGAUUGUAAUUUAAGAUUUCGUUAUCCAUUUAAUGAAUUACUUGUUUGGGCUGUUUUAACAAAACGACAUGAAAUGGCACGUUGUAUGUGGGAACAUGGUGAAGAAUCUAUGGCAAAAGCAUUAAUUGCCUGUGCAUUAAAUAGAAAUUUAGCCAAAGAAGCCAGAGAAGAUUAUCUUGAUGUUGAGAUUAGUGAUGAUUUAAAAAAGAAUGCUGAAGAAUUUAAACAUUUAGCAUUAGAUCUUUUAGAUUGUUGUUAUCGUCAGGAUGAUGAUAAAACUUUACAUUUAUUAACUUAUGAAUUAAAAUAUUGGGGUAAUGAGACAAAUAUCUCAUUAGCAGUAAUGGGAAAUAAUAAACAAUUUUUAGCUCAUCCAUGUUGUCAAAUGUUAUUAGCUGACUUAUGGCAUGGUGGUAUGAGAAUUAGAAGUAAUUCAAAUUUAAAAGUUAUCAUGGGAAUUUUAUUUUUUCCAAGUAUUUUUGCAUUAGAAUAUAAAACAAAAGAAGAAUUAAUGUUACAACCUCAGACAGCUGCUGAACAUGAAAAUGAGGUAUAUGAUAGUUCUUCUUCUGAAGAUGAUACUGAUACUAGUGAUUCUGAUAAUAGUUCCAGUUCUGAUGAUGAUAGUGAAUCAUAUCAACAUGGAAGUAAAAGUUUUUUUGGAUCUAAUCAAUCAUUACAUUUUUCAUCUAUCUUACCAAGUAGAUUACGUCGUUCUAAAAAAGAAAGUAAACAACAAAGAAGGCAAUCAAUAGAUUCAGGUACUUCAAAUGUUAUUACAAAACGAACAAAUAAAAAACGAACAAUAUCAUUGUCAAAUGAUAAUGUUAAUAAUAAUCAUCAAGUUACAGAGAAUAUUGAUAUAAAAUCAACACAAACAAAAAAAGAAAUACUUGAUCCAACAUUAUUAAUAAAUAAUACAAAAAAUAAAAGUAAUAAUUUUAAAAAAUCUCAAGAAUAUCAAUCUAAUAUUGAAAAUAAACAAAAAGAAAGUGUUGCAAAACCAAUUGUUAAAGUAAAACCAAAAAAAAUUAAGGCUAAAAGAAAGUUAUAUGAAUUUAUAUCAGCACCUAUCACUACAUUUUGGACAUGGUUUUUAAGUUAUGUUGCCUUUUUAAUGGCUAAUAUUUAUGUUCUUCUUAUAAAAACUGAAAAUGAAGUUCGACCUUUAGAAUAUAUUCUUUUUGUUUAUGUUGUUGUAUUUGGUUUAGAAGAAAUUAGAAAAUUAUUUAUGUCUGAACCAACAAAAAUAAAAAAAAAGUUAACUUUCUUUUUUUCUGAUACAUGGAAUUGGAUUACAACAUUAGCAGUUACACUAUAUAUUAUUGGUUUUAUAUUAAGAGCAGCUUCUGAAACAACAACACAAGAUGGUCGUGUUAUCUUAGCAAUUGAUUCAACAAUAUGGAUUCUAAAAAUAUUAGAUUAUCUAACAAUUCAUCCAAAAUUUGGUAUUUAUAUAACAAUGGUAUUAAAAAUGGUUAUAGCAAUGUCAUAUCAUAUUGCAUUACUUUUUAUAUCAUUAUUAGCAUUUGGUUUACCAAGACAAAGUAUUUUUUAUCCUAAUGAAAAUUGGUCAUGGGUUUUAGUUAGAAAUAUUUUUUAUAAACCAUAUUUUAUGUUAUAUGGUGAAGUAUAUGCUGGUGAAAUUGAUUUAUGUACAGAUGAGGGAACUAAUUGUGUUCCAGGAAAUUUUGUUCCCCCAAUUUUAAUGACAAUUUUUUUAUUAAUAGCAAAUUUGUUACUUAUUAGUAUGCUUAUGGCAACAUUUAAUAAUAUAUUUAACGAAGUUAGUUGCUUGGCUAAACAAUAUUGGCUUUUUCAAAGAUAUCAUCAAGUUAUGAAAUAUGAAAGUUCCCCAGUCGUACCACCACCAUUUACAAUUAUUUAUCAUAUUUAUUGGAUAGGGAAAUAUAUAUGGUAUAGAAAUACUUUUAAUAUUAGAAAAUUUGCCCAAAAAAUAGGUAUUGUUAAUGUAAAAAAUUUUAAAAAAGAACAUAUUUUUGAUAAUACAUUAAAAUUAUUUUUAAGUUUAUCUCAAGUUGAAAAAAUACAUGAUUUUGAGGAAGAGUGCAUGGAAGCAUUAACAUUACAACAAGAAGAUAAUUUUAAAUGUUCAACUGAUACAAGAAUUAAAAAUACUUCUGAAAAUACAGAAACUAUAUUAUCACGAGUAAGUGAUGUUGUUAGAAGUGAAGGUACAUUAAAAGAGGCAGUUUCACUAAUAGAAACAAGAUUAAAUACUAUUGAAGUUAAAGAAAAUGAAUUAAUGGAACAUUUACGUCAUAUAUCAGAAGUCUUACCACAAUUAUUUCCAAAACAUGAAAAAAUUUCAAGAUCAUCAUAUAAUGUUGAUCAAAUAACAGAUUAUUUACCUAGUAUAUCAGAUCAUGGAAAAGAUUAUCAAGAUUCUCGUAUAAGAGAUUCAAUUAGAAGAAAACUUGGUACAACAGAUUAUACCUCAAUUACAGAUUCAAUUGUUGUUAAAAAUUUAACAGGAGAAUUAAAAGAAGGAACUCAUUUUGAGGAUAUUUUUACUGAGGAUGAUAAAGAUGAGGAUGAUUAUGAUGUUGAAUCAAAUUAA